AUGUCAGUAGCGUCGAUGAUCUUCAUCUUUUCCCUCUAUCGUACUAGUAAUCAUUCGGCCACAAAAACAUUCUCAUCAUUGUUCAACAUCAUGGAUCAAAACGACCAGUACGCCGUACCUGAUUUCGGACUAGUUGCUCGAGAGAUUCAGAAAUGCGCACACCUGCCGGCGGUUACCCAAAGUGUAGCUAUUCUCGACGCUCUCAACGAUAUCAAAACAGGUAUCCAAGGUCUCAGUCACCGUGUUGACGGACUAAGUAACCGUGUCGACGAACUGAACCAUCGUGUGGAUGGAUUGUCACAAAGAAUCGAUCGAAUUGAUCAUCGCCUUGAUAGAAUUGAUCAGCGCCUAGAUUCGCAGGAUUACAACAAUAUUGCACGCCUUCAAAAUGCUAAAAAGACCUCUCUCAGCGCGCCACUUGUUCACCUUCAUAAUCGAUUCAACCAACCGAUUCCGAACUUUCCCGCGACCAUCGCUAAUAUCGACAGACUUAGAGGAGACGAGCUGAACAGGAUUCUUGAGGCCUUGGGAUCAAAUGUCGAAGGAACAGUUGCCGAAAAGAAAACAGCACUUCGAAUUGCUCUGGGCGUGUAUAUCGUCUAG